AAAAACUCGUAUCUCCGCCGUGGUCGCCGCCGGGUCCUGGGGUGCUGGCAUGUCUCCGCUGGUCGCCAUGGCUGCGCCACUCCGGCGGCGACUUCGGGGCGUGGUCUGGUCGACUGAUGCUGUGGAAGUCGAUUCCCACGCCCACCCCCUAUAAAUUCAGCGCCGGGGGUGAUUCCUCUCAUCCCACCACCACCUCGCACGUCUCUUUCCCUGCGAAAAUGGCUCCCGUUGCCUUCAAUCCCGAUGUCCUUAAGCCUGCUGCUGGCCCUGGCAACAGCAAGUCCUACUCUCUCGUCCUGGCCUUCAACCAUCUCCUCAACCCCUCUCUCGGUGAGCCCCUUGACGUUCAGUUGACUCGCGAUGGUGCUGAUCGCAUCCGCCGCGAUAUCGAGGCUUUCGUCAAGCAGUAUCGUGCAGCCCAUCCCGAAUGCUCCCGAUCGGCUACGAUGAAUAACUGGCUUGACGAACCGAAGCACCCUCUCCUCGAACGUGCCGACGGUGAGAAGAUCAUCUACGACUUCAACGUCACCGCAACCGGCAUCCGCACUUUCUUCGAUGCCUGGGUGGUUUUCAACAACAUGGGCACCGACGAAAGUCUCAGACUCAGAGCUGAGAUGGACGACUACAUCACGACCGUCGCAACGAGCCGACGCAGUGUUCGUUUGGACGCCGGAAGCCGCAAGCGUCGCCGCAUCGACUCUGACCCGGCUUCUGCAGCCACGACUUCAGCUCAGGAUGCUACCCCAGCUGCCCCGAUCGCAUCGGUUCCUGCUCCUGCCUUGGUCGAUAGCCCAAUCGAUCCCACCAGGAUCAUGAGCGAUCUGUUCAAAUCCGUUCAUGCCAUGGACUUGAUCAAAAACGAAGCUGUUCUCCGCAUUAUGGGGAAGGUCGAGGCCAUUGCCGAUACGUAUAUUGAAUCGCGAGCUCUCAAUAACCGCCAGAGCGAUCUCGCCAACGACAACCAAGCCCAGCGCAUUCGCGAACUCAAACUUUCUAACGAUCGCCAGGAGAAGCUCAAUGCUAUCGAAAUCGAGCAACGUGAAAAGGCCAAUAUUCGCCAGGAGAAGCUCAAUGCUAUCGAAAUCGAGGAGCGUCGCUCCAUGAGCCAGCUCAGGAUCAGCACCCAAACCGAGCUGAGCGCCAAGGCUGUCGUCUCGAUCAAAUCCGCCAUGGACUUCCAGGACAAAACCUUCCGCAGCGCCAGGGUGUGCACUGAAGCCAUCAGCGCGAUCACCGACGGGACCGAACCCCCCAUUCUCGGCGACAUCGCCAUGAAGCAUCGAAACUUUGUUGUCCAGCUGGCUUGCAACCAGUUACAGGGUGGGACCUUCGCUCCUCCGGAUCUGAUGGAGCAAGCCGCUGACUGUGUCGCCGAUGUCGAGGCGUUCAUGGAGACCCAGCAGCACGACCCCCAACCCGGCCCAUCGACCGCAACCGCCGCCGUCGAGGUGAACAAGGCGCCCCGUCAGCCCCCCAACUUCAACCUCAGCCAGCGUUCCCACAUCAUCCUGGCUCAGCUCAAGAAGGCCGCCGCCGACCACAUCAGAAACGAAAGCCUGCUCAAGGAUUGUCAGUUCUUCACCAUUUCUCAAAUCCUGUCCAGACACAAGGAACAUAAGAAGUACGGGCGUUUGCACGAGGCAUUCAAAGCCCGGUGGGAACAGGAGGAACUCAAGCAAGACCAAGUUAACGAGUUUAUCCCUCCGAAUCGUCGAACCUACGAGGAUACCCCAUGGAUGCGCGUUUCUAAGGCGAUUAUCCUCUGGCUGGCUCAGCACAAGGAUGCCUGUGGCAACAAGAUACAGCUUCCUCAUACCUGGCAAAAGUUCGAAGAGAGUGAUGUCAUGAAAAAACCAGACGGUAGUCCUGUCAUGGUUUACAAAUUUGCAAAGCCUCUUGAAGGAAUCUGCAUCAGCUUGUGUGAUUGCUUCGAGUAC